GAGGCGGUGAUGCGGGCGCCGGCGGCCCCGGCUGCGCCGAGAGCGGAGACACAGGCUCAAGAUGGCAGAUUCCGACUGAGGCUGGGGGGGCCGAGCUCGCGCGCCGCGUUCCCUUCUCCGUUGCCAUGAAUCGCGGACACCCCGGCCCCGAUGGCCCCCGUGUACGAAGGUAUGGCCUCACAUGUACAAGUUUUCUCCCCUCACACCCUUCAAUCAAGUGCCUUCUGUAGUGUGAAGAAACUGAAAGUAGAGCCGAGUUCCACCUGGGACAUGACCGGGUACGGCCCCCACAGCAAAGCGUACAGCCAGGGCAAGAACGUGCCGCCUUCUCAGCCAGCCACCACAGCCGUCAGCACCUCCUUGCCCAUCCCGAACCCGAGCCUACCUUACGAGCAGACCAUCAUCUUCCCAGGAAGCACCGGGCACAUCGUCGUCACAUCAGCAAGCAGCACCUCUGUCACUGGGCAGGUCCUCGGCGGACCACACAACCUAAUGCGUCGAAGCACUGUGAGCCUCCUUGACACCUACCAAAAAUGCGGACUCAAGCGUAAGAGCGAGGAGAUCGAGAACACGAGCAGCGUGCAGAUCAUCGAGGAGCACCCACCCAUGAUUCAGAACAAUGCCAGCGGGGCCACUGUCGCCACUGCCACCACAUCGACGGCCACGUCCAAAAACAGCGGCUCCAACAGCGAAGGCGACUACCAGCUGGUCCAGCACGAGGUGCUGUGCUCCAUGACCAACACUUACGAAGUCCUCGAGUUCCUGGGCCGCGGGACGUUCGGGCAGGUGGUCAAGUGCUGGAAAAGGGGCACCAACGAGAUCGUGGCCAUCAAGAUCCUGAAGAACCACCCGUCGUACGCCCGGCAAGGCCAGAUCGAGGUCAGCAUCCUGGCCCGCCUCAGCACAGAGAGUGCGGACGACUACAACUUCGUCCGGGCCUACGAGUGCUUCCAGCACAAGAAUCACACAUGCUUGGUCUUUGAGAUGCUGGAGCAGAACCUCUACGACUUCCUGAAGCAGAACAAGUUCAGCCCCUUGCCCCUCAAGUACAUUCGCCCAGUGCUCCAGCAGGUGGCCACGGCCCUGAUGAAACUCAAGAGCCUGGGUCUCAUCCACGCGGACCUCAAACCGGAAAACAUCAUGCUGGUGGACCCAUCCAGACAGCCCUACAGAGUGAAGGUCAUCGACUUCGGCUCGGCCAGUCACGUGUCCAAGGCCGUGUGCUCCACCUACUUGCAGUCCAGAUACUACAGGGCCCCUGAGAUCAUCCUCGGUUUACCGUUUUGUGAGGCCAUUGACAUGUGGUCCCUGGGCUGCGUCAUUGCGGAGCUGUUCCUGGGCUGGCCGCUGUACCCGGGCGCCUCGGAGUACGACCAGAUUCGGUAUAUCUCACAGACACAGGGUUUGCCGGCUGAAUAUUUAUUGAGCGCGGGGACAAAGACAACUAGGUUUUUCAACCGUGACACGGACUCGCCGUACCCUUUGUGGAGGCUGAAGACGCCAGACGACCAUGAAGCAGAGACGGGGAUCAAGUCAAAAGAAGCAAGGAAGUACAUCUUCAACUGUCUGGACGACAUGGCCCAGGUGAACAUGGCCACAGACUUGGAGGGGAGCGACAUGCUGGUGGAGAAGGCUGACCGGCGGGAGUUCAUCGACCUGCUGAAGAAGAUGCUGACCAUCGACGCCGACAAGAGGAUCACUCCGAUCGAGACCCUGAACCACCCCUUCGUCACCAUGACUCACCUGCUCGACUUCCCCCACAGCACACACGUCAAAUCGUGUUUCCAGAACAUGGAGAUUUGCAAGCGCCGGGUGAACAUGUAUGAUACCGUGAACCAGAGCAAAACCCCUUUCAUCACGCACGUGGCCCCCAGCACAUCCACCAACCUGACCAUGACCUUCAGCAACCAGCUGAACACUGUCCACAACCAGGCUCCCACCUCCACCAGUGCCACUAUUUCCUUAGCCAAUCCCGAAGUCUCCAUACUAAACUACCAAUCUGCACUCUACCAGCCCUCAGCGGCCUCCAUGGCCGCGGUGGCCCAGCGGAGCCUGCCCCUGCAGACGGGAACAGCCCAGAUUUGUGCCCGGCCCGACCCCUUCCAGCAAGCUCUCAUCGUGUGCCCACCCGGCUUCCAAGGGCUGCAGGCCUCGCCCUCCAAGCAUGCUGGCUACUCCGUGCGGAUGGAAAAUGCUGUUCCCAUCGUCACUCAAGCCCCGGGAGCUCAGCCUCUCCAGAUCCAACCAGGUCUGCUCGCCCAGCAGGCCUGGCCCAGCGGGACCCAGCAGAUCCUGCUCCCCCCAGCGUGGCAGCAGCUGACCGGAGUGGCCACCCACACGUCGGUGCAGCACGCAACCGUGAUCCCCGAGACCAUGGCAGGCACCCAGCAGCUGGCCGACUGGAGGAACACGCACGCUCACGGCAGCCAUUACAAUCCCAUCAUGCAGCAGCCUGCGCUCUUGACUGGUCAUGUGACCCUUCCAGCCGCCCAGCCUUUAAAUGUGGGCGUGGCCCACGUAAUGCGGCAGCAGCCAACCAGCACCACCUCCUCUCGGAAGAGCAAGCAGCACCAGUCCUCUGCAAGAAAUGUCUCCACCUGUGAGGUGUCCUCCUCGCAGGCCGUCAGUUCCCCUCAGCGCUCCAAGCGUGUCAAGGAGAACACCCCGCCCCGCUGCGCCCUGGUGCACAGCAGCCCGGCCUGCAGCUCCGCCGUCACCUGUGGCUGGGGCGACGGGGCCUCCAGCACCACGAGGGACAGGCAGCGGCAGACCAUCGUCAUUCCCGACACCCCCAGCCCCACGGUCAGCGUCAUCACCAUCAGCAGCGACACGGACGAGGAGGAGGAACAGAAGCACGCUCCCACCAGCACUGUCUCCAAGCAGAGGAAGAACGUCAUCAGCUGCGUCACGGUGCACGACUCCCCGUACUCCGACUCCUCCAGCAACACCAGCCCCUACGCCGUGCAGCACCGCACGGGGCACAACGCCAACGCCUUCGACGCCAAGGGGAGCCUGGAGAACCACUGCACGGGGAACCCCCGGACCAUCAUCGUGCCGCCCCUGAAAACCCAGGCCAGCGAAGUGCUGGUGGAGUGCGACAGCCUGGUGCCAGUCAGCGCCAGCCACCACUCGUCCUCCUACAAGUCCAAGUCCUCCAGCAAUGUGACCUCCACCAGCGGUCAUUCUUCAGGGAGCUCGUCCGGAGCCGUCGCCUACCGGCAGCACCGGCCAGCACCGCACUUCCAGCAGCAGCAGCCUCUCAACCUCAGCCAGGCUCAGCAGCACAUCACCGCAGACCGCGCCGGGAGCCACCGACGGCAGCAGGCCUACAUCACUCCCACGAUGGCCCAGGCCCCGUACUCCUUCCCGCACAACAGCCCCAGCCACGGCACUGUGCACCCCCACCUGGCCGCCGCCGCCCACCUUCCCGCCCAGCCCCACCUCUACACCUACACGGCGCCCGCGGCCCUGGGCUCCACCGGCACCGUGGCCCACCUGGUGGCCUCCCAAGGCUCGGCGCGGCACACGGUGCAGCACACUGCCUACCCGGCCAGCAUCGUCCACCAGGUGCCCGUGAGCAUGGGCCCCCGGGUCCUGCCCUCACCCACCAUCCACCCGAGUCAGUACCCAGCCCAGUUCGCCCACCAGACCUACAUCAGCGCCUCUCCAGCCUCCACCGUCUACACUGGAUACCCACUGAGCCCUGCCAAGGUCAACCAGUACCCUUACAUAUAAACACUGGAAGGGGGCGGGGCAUGGCCGAGGGGAGGAGGGAGAGGAGGAGGGACCUCCUGGGAGCCGAGGUUUUUAUACUGAAGAUGCCGCACAGAAACAAUGCAAACGGGGCAGGGGAGGGGGCUGGGGGGCAGGGGCUGGACACCGGUGAAACUUGAACUAGGAAGUGGGAGGACUCAGAGCAGAGAAGAGAACAUUUUACAAAAUGAAGGGAUUCAGGAUGGGGGGGGUGGGGAAUCUAUGCUUUUUAUUUUAAAAAAAGAAAAAGAAAAAAAAGAAACAAAAUGUCAGUAACAGAAAUACAGCUCACAGACCCAUUCUGCACCGAACUGGAAAGGAGGAGGAGGAGGAGAAGAGAGCAAUGGAAGAUUCCGAAGUUGAGGGGCCCCAGUUUCUGAAGAACUUUAUGAACUUUUCAAAGAUUAUUUUCAUAUGGCAGCAAGUGACAUUUGAGAGUGUGCUGUCCGGGGACGCCUGAUACGGAAAUCCAGUAGAUUUUUAAUUAUUGAACAUAAGAAUUAGGGAUUUUUCCAGAACUCUGAAGGGUCAACAGCCCUCAAAGGUCAGGCCACGGCCUGAGGAGGCUGGUAUCUGGGGACGGGUCUGGGGUCAGCAAAGCCCAGUUCUGGCUCGUGGUCAGGACUGCUGGGGGGGGCUGGGGGCUGGGCGGAAGGCAGCUGCCUCCGGCAGGGGCACAUUCUCUCUCUCUGAGCUCUCUGGAUAAAUCCCUAAGCACCGUUACUCCUCAGCUGUCAUUAAUGGUGUGUGUUGCGAACUUCAGUUCUUUUUUUCUUUUGUGAAGAUUUGUUUUCUCUUUGAAUCCGCCCCUAGUCACUUGGCAUGGGGCUCCCGGUGGUCGCCGACCCCCUAGAGGAAUGUAGCGCUCCGCCCCCCCCACCCCCCCCACCCCGUCCCCCGUUUUCUGCUUUGUGUUCAGCUCCAGUGAUACCAAUAGACUAUUCCUCAGUGUGAUUGCACAAAAGGAAACAAUGAGAUGACACAGGCAUGCGAGCACCGCGGUGGUCCAGCGCGCGCGCGUGCGGGUGCGCGUGCGGCCGCGCCCUCCCCCGUGCCGGGCCGCUGCGGGCGCCGCCCCGCGGCCUCUGCCUGGCAUCGUUCCCUCCUAGUGCCUUACCGACGACGGACGCGCGCGGGGCUGCUUCCGCGGGACUCCGAGGAGCGGGCGGAGGCGAGUCGGAGCAUCUCAGCUCUUCUUUCGUGCUGUUGAAACGUUUUACUCUGGUCUUUCCUUUUUAAAAAACAGAAUUGUUUUAAUUUUAAUUUCAUUUUUAUACUUGUCUUUCUAGGCUGUUUGCUGGCAGAGGGGUGUCGGGGAGCUGGCACGGGUGUUGAGGGAGGCACGGGACGGCCGGCGGGGGUGAGCCUGCUGGUGGUGACGGGUCUAGUGGACUUUUAUUCGGAGACAGAGCGAGAGAGACUCCCCACCCCGCACCCUCACCUCGUGCUGCCCCCAGUCCUACCUGUGUGGCCAGCUGUGGCGGCCAGGGUACCCGAGGUGCCCUCUGUGUUUAUGGAACUCGGGCCUUGCCAGGCGCCUGUGUCCUUCCUGGUGGGGCAGGGCCGGCAGAGAGGGGGCCUGGUCCCGCGGGCACCCGUCCUCACCCGCGCCCUGCCUGCGCCCUGCCCUGCGCACUCCCGGUGUCGCCCCUCCUUGGUCCCCUGUCCUCGCUCACUCUCCCCUCUCGCCAGAUCCUUCCCUCUGCGGACAGCCGUCCACCUGUGUCCGCCAAAGCCUUUCCCUCACGUUACCCGGGCCUCCCUGUGACACACUGUGUUUUGAUUUUUGAGGGCCCAGUGGGCAGAAGGUGGAAAGGACGUUUACGAGGGUGACCGAGGGUUCUCACACUGCACCUUGGAAAGCACUCCCACCACCAGUUAGGUUUCCAAAGAAAUGUGCCCUUCGCCCUGUUUGCACCUGUGAUACGUUCUGGGAGUCGUCUCGGGCUUUGAACCUGCUGCUCGUGGGGCAGGGUCUCUCCGUUCACAGCAGCUCACACGCAUGAAGGCAGGGAGACGUAGCUUUAGAAGGGGUCCACCCUGUUUGGUUCUCUGUGCUGAGUCCUUAGGGAACCCCAAAGCCAAGUCUCCAGGGUGCAGGUGGCUCCCGAUGGCGGCAGUGCGUCCUAGUCUUCCCCUCCCCCUUCCUCGCCCUGCACCCCCCCCCCUUAACGAUCUACUGUGAAAGGUGAGGAAGCCAAGCUGUUACCUUAGCUCUUAGCUGUGAAUUGUGAAAUAACUCUGGAUGUCUCCCCUCCCCCACCAUACAUGCUACUUACCUUACAAGGACUAGGUCCCCGAACUGGAACCAGUUUAGUCCAGGCCUUAGGCUGGAAGGAAGGACGCCUUGACCCUCUUGAGCCAGGACAGCCCCCCAGGUGGCCAGCGGGACGAGAUGCUCCAUCGGGCAGCCUCUAUCUGGGAGCGGGGGCGUGCCCUCAUUCUGAGACAAGAGGAAGGCGGCCAGUCCGGUGGGGGUUGGGGGCAGAGUGUGGAGGACACGGGAGCCAGCGCCCUCCCAGGGGCCUGCCGGCCUGGAAGGCCAGAUCUCUGCAGCCAGGAGGCAGCGAUGUCCCCACCAGGUCCGGAGCCCAGUGACGCGAACCUCCCUUUGCCUGACUGGUGGCACCCUGGGGCCCCUCCCGCACUUGACUUCCAACCCUUUCUCCAUCCGGCCUUUCACGGGAAAGACACCAGCCUUCCAAGUCCAAGCGAAUGAUUUUGUCUACUAAGUGGGAAGUCUCUGACUCUUUCACCUGACCUUUCCUUUUCUUCCAGACCAGGAAUGAAAGUUCCAUGCUGCUCAUAAAGAUAAUAUUAUUGUACUAAUUAUUUUGAUUAUUAGCAUUGUAAUUAUUAUCAUGAUUAUCAUCGUGUUGAUAUCUUAGUUGGGGUUUGAAAUGCACAUUUAUUCCAUGUAUCUUUGUGUUUUCUCUUUAAUAUUUAAACUUAUUUUAUUGUAUCUGUGAGCGUGUGAGUAGAUGGGAGGGACAGGCAGAUGUCCAGUUUUGCCAGACAAAAAGGAAAAGCAAGAACCGGGAGUCAGGAAACCCGUUUCUGUCGGGGAAGGUCGACCACGGAACUGGAGUUGGAGGAAUCAGGUUCCUCUGCUCCGCACAGGCCAGAGGGGGCGCUGUGUCUCCCCCGGCUCCCAGUGGCCUGGGAGAGAGGAGAGCUGGCGCCUCCUGGGCUGCAGCCGGAGCCAGGGCCCUCCGCCCCCUUCCCUCCCCGAAAUCUGCUCCCUAGAUCUAGGCCUGCCUCACGCCUGCUCUUUACCUGCCCAGCCGCUGACCCAGCCCCUCCCCCAGCUGUCCUCCCGUUUCCCUUCCGGGCACCAGGAGUGGGGCGUAUGUCCUUCAGUGCAGAGACCGCCGUCCCUUCCCAGAUGACCAGGUAGGACUGCCAGGCAGGCGGUACCCUCCCCCGGGAGAUCUCAGCCUCGCCUCGCCCCUCCCACUCACUGACCGCUUCUUCCGGCUCACCAACCCCUUCCCCCAGUUCAUCGUCGCAGCUCGCAAUUCUCGGGACAAACUAGGGAGCCCCGAAACGGGGAGGGGGAGGGUGUGGGAGGCCAGCGGACCCUGACACGGCCCCGCAGCUGCCUAGACCCAGUGGGCCCUGGAUGAAGAAAGGGCUGAAAUGGCCAGCUUCGUGGAAGGGGAGGCGGCUGGGCAGGGCCGGUCCCGCAGACACUCGGCAAACUUCAGUGUGCACCCCCUCGCCCCUGCCUGCCUUCCUCGCUCCGUCCCCGGCAGGGAGCCGUGGGGUCCGAGUCCCCCGUGGGAGAGGCCAGCCUCUGCACGGGCUCCUUAGCGCUGCCCCACCUCCCAUCCCACCCCCACGCCCCCCACUCCGCGUCACCCUGGCAGAUGGGUGAACAUAGGGCUGCCGGUCCCUGGGGCCCAGCUCUCAACUAGAGGGAUGCCGGCCUAGUCCUGGUCCUGUUUAGACCUCGGGUGACCCAGAGCAUCGUCCGUCCCACAGUUGGCUUCCUCCGCGUUUGCUGGAGAAACGACGUUAGAGUGAGGGGGCAAGUCCAAAGGACCGGCCGGGCCGGGAGAGCCGGGCGGGCGGCAGGAGCCUGAGGCCCCCGCUGGCCCGCGUGCGUGUGCGCGCCUCUGCGGCUGGAGCCUCCCUCGUGACGAUGUGGCUGUUUCCAAGAGAAGGGGUGAGCAGGCCGAUGGGUGGGAGAGUCUGAGGCUUGAUGCCAAUUACUUUUGUGGAAGAGCAUGUGGUUGAUCGAAUUCAGAGGGAGAAGAAGGGUUGGGGCGAAGCGGCAGUCGCCUCCCGGGCCGGGGCCUGCGCUCCGGCGGGGAGGGGCCCGCCGGCUGUGGGAGCCAGCGGCGCGGCCCCUGCGCCCCGGGAGAGGCCCUGCCCGGGCACCAGGCUGCCCGGUGUGAGGAGGGAAGGCAGGCUCGGCCCCGCGGCUCCCAGGCUGCUUUCCCUCGGCCAGGCCUUCAGAAUUGCAAACGCUCAUUUUUGAACAAGCUUGUGGCGGAGGAUUUGGGGUGUGUGAGCGUGAGUGAGUGAGUGGAGCAGACUUUUCUUGGAAACUGGAGGAAGGAGACGAGGAGGCUUAAGGAGCUGUGACAGAUGGGCCGCGGCGUGUCCCCGCUGGCCCUGGCUCUCGCCCGGGUUCUCUGUCUGGAGCUGGGGGCGGGGAGGCGUGUGGGGCGCUCGCCGCCUGCCCAGUGGCUGCCGGGCCAGGAAACAGAAGAAGACGACCAGGUGCCCUGAGUGGCAGAGAAAAUCCAACAGAGAGGCGAGGUUUCCCUCCACAGAUUGAGCCCGGGACUUCGAGGCGCGAGCUGAGAGACUUUGCUGUGAAAACAUCCAGCCCCGGGGACGUAGUGUGCUUCUCGCCGGCUCUGCGUCCUCUCUUCCUGGAGCAUCUUACAGACUUCAGAUGGGGAAGCCUCAACACUGAGCAGGCCGGAGAUGUCCUUACCAAAUGGGAGAGGAAGCUGAAACUGUUCCCUUCUUUAGCCAAAGAACCCUUCUCCAAGACACCUCCCAAUGCAGACAAAACGGCGUUUCUGUCUUUCCUUUCUGGGCAAUAAUGACAUUGUUAGCGAUGCAACCGCAUUCGUCUUUCUCUUUCCUCUGACCCUUUUGUGUUGUGAUUACAUUUAUUUAGAAACUGUACUCACCUUUUCAGAGAAGUAGGGAUUAGGAACCCUGGUGCUGCUGCUACUCGGGGCCCGGAGACACCGCACACAUACGGGAGCCGGACCGACUGACCGACCGAUGCCACCACCAUGAUGUGGCUGCGAGGGGCCCCCGGAGGUUCAGCUGUGUCGGGGGUUCCAAUGCGCACCCGAGCGGGGCUGGGGAAUCAGUGCUUUUCCGCUUUGAUGCCUUUGGACUCUCACUUCUAGUCUGCACAGAGCGGCCGUGAAAUCUCAGUCGAGCUACCAGAGAACUGAAGACGGUGGAGUGAUGUUUAAACACAACAGAAACCUUUCCAAGGCCAUUGGCGCCACUGCUCACGAGCACAGCCUGACCUCGCAGGGGCUUCUCGCGGCUUCCUGGCAGCUUCCAGAAGGUGGAGAGAGCCAGCUCCAGAAAACCUCUUCCCUCGAGGGGGGUCUUCCCGAGUCCGCCCAGUGCCCCUUCCCCAAGCCUUUGACAGCCCCUAAUCUCAGGCCCUGCAUGAGAACAUCAUGAUGACGGUCUCAUUUCUUAAAGCUUGCAAUAUCCCUCAAGUAAAUAAUAGGCAACGUUUGUUGAAAGCUUUCCAUGCACCAGGUCCUGGGCCACACCACGAACUCCUGGGGCCCUCAUAGCCACCCGUGUACACCACCACCGACCCCCCUGUUUACCGAUGACAAAGCUGACAUUCUAAGGGGCGGGGAAGAAGCCCUGUGUGCUAAAGGAAAGAAAAUGUAAUGGUCUGAAACCAUGUUUGUAGUGAAAUUUUCUGUUAAGGGGGGCUUGACUGAGAUAGGGUUUUGUUUUGCUUUUUUAAUUAAUAGCGAUGAAUGGCCUCCCGUUUCUGACGGACCAUUUCACGAUGCUCCCGUUGGCUGAGCGCCAAGCAUCAGGCUGGACAUGGCUCGUUGGUGAGCUUGUUUGACUUCAUCCCCAUAGUCACCUGUGAAAUCAGCAUUAUCAGUCCCUUCACAGAUGAGGCCGCUGGCUUGGAGAGCUGGGAGCAUGCCCAGGGCCCCCCACCUAGUGGGGAGCUCGACAUUGAACCGGGGUCCACCUGCCUCCAGAACAGAGCUCAUAGCCACUAACCUUGACGCCUCCCGUGUGUAAGUGCAAAGAAAGGCCUUGGAGGAGUGUCCCCCACACGGGCCCUGGCCGUGCGUGGAGAGGGAGUCCCGAGUUGCAUGCGAGCAGAGGGGUGAGAAUUGGUGUGACUUACAGAGGAAGUUGUAGGGGUAUCUCUUUUGAUUCAUAGUAGAAUUCACUUCAGGUUCCUUUCUAGUGUACCUACUAUUUCAGUACUGCUGCUACCAGAAGCUCUUAUGGGAGCGAAGAGAAAAAAAGUGUUCUUUUCUUCUUUAAAAAAAUAAGUUUUUCUUGCUUAUAGUUAAUUCUAGAAAGGCAAUACUAAAGGCAUAUAUUUUUUUUCCAAAUGCUAUUUUUGACUGCACCGGCGGCGACUCUGGUCUCUCUCAUCGGUCCACUCUCCAGCAGAACCAGACGUGGGUCCACAGCACACCUGUGAAUACCGUGUGUGGGUCUGGCGUCCGGAACAUUGUUUCCUUGUGUAAAAAAAAAAAAAAAAAAAGAAGGAGAAAGACAAGGUGAUUUUUAGAAAGAAAAGCAAAAUCCAGUUUCCUUCUGAGAUGGCCUUCUCAGAGACAUGGAAGCUGGGGGAACCAGCCCGCCCUUUGGACUCAGGGGGAGGAGAGACGGUCUCCCCUGAAGUCUGAGACGGGCAGAAAUGCAGAGUGCUCUGAUCUCGGCUGAAAGAUGACAAGAAGCUCUAGGACUAGA